UCCAUAAUUAGCUGUUUAGGUGAAACUUUCUCAGUUGCGCUAGACAUAUCGAAAGCCUUCGAUAGAGUCUGGCACAAGUCUUUGCUUUCUAAACUGCCCUCUAUCGGAUUCUAUCCUUCUCUCUGUUCCUUUAUCUCCAGUUUCCUUUCCGGCCGUUCUAUCUGCUGUGGUAGACGGUCACUGUUCUUCUCAUAAACCUAUUAACAGUGGUGUUCCACAAGGCUCUGUCCUAUCACCCACUCUCUUCCUGUUAUUCAUCAAUGAUCUUCUUUCCAUAACAUACUGUCCUGGAGGGAUGGGUCUUGAUCACGGUGACAGGCUGCUUGAAGAUGCUGGCGGUCUGGCGGAUGGGGGGGACCAGGGAGGCAUCAUUGCGCAUACCACAGGGGAAUCUGCGUGUAUCGAAACACGAGAAAUUAAUCAAGACCAGGAGAGGGUUUUCGGCUUGGUUGGGGUGAAGAGUACGGUCACGAGUUAAAACAUGUUCGAGGUCGGCAUUGUCAGUCGCUUCCAUCCCUCAUAUCAACUAUCUCCAAAGGCUGUAAAUUAAGAUCGGUCGGGUUCUCAAGUGUUUUCUUAGGUUCGUGGUACAGAAGAAGGGUCAGUCCACUACCAGGGUCAUAAAACUCCCCCUUGAGAUGCCCCAAACUCCUACGAAAGCCUUGUCAAAUAUGUGUGCUUGGGAGCUGAGAUGUUGAAUAAUAUGGAUAAGAAUGUCGCAUCAGGCAAUAAAGCGAAAGUUUGUGGCACGGGAAGUCCAGUAAGGCAGCGUGGCACAAAGUUUCAGCGGAAAUUUACCGUGCGUACUGGCCCACCGCACGUCGAUAAAGCGCGCGCUCGCUCGCCCCAGUUUGCAGUUCCCCGCGUUCCGUCAGUUGCCCCGCGUCAGUAGUCACAAAAGGAGACACACCCCACUCAGUUCUCUCCGCCGCUCACUCGACUCGCUCCACUUGCCUCGCUUUCCUCCGCUCCCUCCCACGCAUUCAUUCACCGCUCCUCUCAGCAACAAACUUCCUUUAGCAAUGUCCCUCAAACUUCGGUGACUAACGUAAGGGCAGUAUGUCCCUAAUACUUUAGCGCUGUAGCCGUAAACCAUUCCUAGAUGGGGCCUCUGUAAUAUAAACUUGAGUGAGAGAAGUGAGUGGGCCGCUAAACCUCUCGCACGGUGUUUGGUGACUGUCAAGAAUGGAGAACACGUUGAGGAGGUCCCGAAUAGGCGACCUCCUCCUCUUCGCCCCCUUCAGGGUCUUGGUGGGCCAGGCCGGGGUGCUCCUCCCUCUCCUCGGACUCCUACUUGUUGCCGAAUGUCUGAGCUGGGACGUCCAUGUCAACACCGCCCACGCCCAGCCACGACGGAUCCACCCACGCAGGGCAGCCUCCUCUUACUCCCACCGCUACGCCGCCAGCAUCGACGACGAGGUGCUGGAGGGGCGGAAAAUCUACAAGAAUCCGAGGAACGCGCCCUCCGUCACCUGCCCCAGGGACGAGGCGGCCAUUCUGAGGACGGGCCGCGAGUGUUUGCGGAGGUGUAACGGAGAUGGCGGGUGUCUCAGCAGAAGGAAGAUCUGUAUGUGUGACGGCAGCUGCGGCCUUUCUUGUGUCAACCCAGAGAAGGAGUGCGGUGACCUGGAGAAUCCGCUCUUCGGCUUCGUGGAGUUCACUGGGCGGCGCGUCGGCUCCUUGGCCACCUACAAGUGUCAGCAGGGCUACCAUCUACUGGGUGAGGAACGUCGAGUGUGUCAAGGGAACGGCGAGUGGGCAGCUUCCCCUCCCGAGUGCCGCGAGAACUUGUACUGCACCAACCCGCCGAUCAUCGCACACGCUCGCCACGACGGCAUCGAAUCCAGGACGAGGUUCGAGGUCAACCACACCCUGAAAUAUGCGUGCGAGGAAGGUUACUCCACGCGCGGCUUCGACGUGGCCAAGUGCUUCCUCUACAAUAACACGAUGCAGUGGUUCGGCCCGGAGAUCGUGUGCCACCCCAAAGAGUGCGGCGACCCGGGUGAGAUCCUGAACGGCUUCAAGGAGGACGGCUGCUUCCACUACGACUGCCGCGUCUCCUACCACUGCCGGCCGGGCUUCGAGAUGGAGGGACGAAAUGUAUACCGCUGCCACCAGGACGGGACGUGGAUGCCGCGGGAACUGCCCAACUGCAAACCUAUCCAGUGUGACAUCCCGGACAACCCGCGCCACGGAAAGGCCAGCUUCAACUCCGUCUUCUACAACGCCGUGGUCACCUACUCCUGCGAUUACGGCUACAUGAUCGUGGGCCCAGAGACACGGCGCUGCGGCCCCGACAGGGAGUGGAGCGGCGUGACCCCCUCGUGCAAAGAGAUCGACUGCGGGCACCCUGGCAUCCUGCACAACGGGCGGCUGGAGGGGACGUACACCUCCUACAACUACGGCACCGAGAUCCGCUUCGUCUGCAACGAUAACAUGAAGUACGAGGGCUACCAUGACCGCCGCACCGUCUGCCAGAAGAACGGCACCUGGUCCAACCCGCUGCCCAAGUGUCUGGCCCCGUGCAUCGUGCCCACCGUGGAGAACGGCCGCCUCACCAACGAGUCUCAGGCGGGCACGCUGGUGCCGCACGGGAGCGUCAUCCGCGUGGUGUGCAACAAGACCUACGAGCCGUCCUUCACCAGCGUGCCCUCCGCCUGCUACAACGGCACCUGGACACACUACCCGCACUGCGAGCCAGCACGGUGCAAGAAGCUACCUCGGCGCCCCCGCAACGGCAUGGUGAUCGCGCCGCGCACGGCCCACGGCAUGCUGGCACGCUUCCGCUGCAAGGACGGCUACAUCCUCAAGGGCGCGGUCACCACCAAGUGUCACUUCGGCAAGUGGACGGGCCGCAUCCCCUGGUGCAAAGUAGUGUACUGCCCCUUCCCCGGCUACCUGGCUGAUGGCCGCGUGCUGCUGGUGGGCAACAUGGGCAUGUACAUCUACCGCCCCUACGUCAGGAAGGUGCGCAAUGACCGCCGCAUCAGGUACGAGUGCAACAAGGGCUACUACCUGUCCUCCGGCCCGCCUGGAGCCACCUGCGUCGCCGGGAAGUGGAGUCCCAGCGCCAUGCCCAGCUGCUCCCCGAAGCUCCACCCGAGGGUCAGAUGGACGCGGUCUGUCAACGCCUCAGACUUCCCCGAACACAUGAACUUCAGCACCGAGGUGGAGGUGGAGGUGGACGACGAGGAAGAGGAGGAAGAGGACGAAGAGGAGGAGAUGGAGGCUAUAGGAACCGCUCUCGAAAUGGAGGAGCCGGAGUAUGCGGAAGAGGAGGAAGCGGCGGAAGACGAAGAGAAAGAGGAGGUGUUAGCGGAAAAUGAGAUGCCUGAGGAAGAGGAAGAGGAGGAAGCAAACAGCGGCAAGGAAAAGGAGGACAAAUUUAUCGUGUUUCCUCUCUUAGUGGAGGCGAGUGACUUGACACACUCAGCUCAUUACACCGACGACGACGCCGCUCUUCCCGGAACCCCCGACGGCCCGACACUCCCCGCCGCCCGCCCCACACCGCCGAGCAGCCCGUUGUCGAAAUUAUCCUUCAGGCCCAAAAAAUACUCCGAAAGUAAGAGGCACUUGGAGACGUGGGCUAAAUUCAUCCAGGAGGAGCGGAACGGCGUUGAAGUGAGCAAGAUCCUGAUACGGGAGGAGGAAGUGGCGGGCGAGAGGAGGAGUGCGAGGCAGGAGUCGUCUAGGAUAUCACGAAGCCCCAAGAGACAGGACGAAGGCGACGAGAAGAAGAGGAAAGGCGGAGGCAAGAACAAGGCCAAGAAGAGAAGGAAGGGAAAGAGAGCGCCGCACUGCGAGGAGCUACCCGAGGAGCCGUAUCUGCGGGUGGAGGUGGUUCGGCCGGGGCGGGACACGAACUACACCUUUUCGGCCGGGGCGCGCGUCAAGGUGACCUGCCUCUAUGGCCACGGCCUCAACCUGGGCAACAAAACCGCCAAGUGUUCCCGCGGGAGGUGGAGACCCAUGAAGCCCGAGUGUAUAUCCCUUCCUUGCUCCGUGCCCGAGACUCCCCACGGCCGCUAUACCUUCAACGGGGUGCAGGUGCCGGAGCGGGCGACUAUCGGACACGCGGAGGUGGUUGGGUUCUCGUGCGGGUCUGGCUACACUGUCCUGGGCACCCCGACGCUUCGAUGCUGGUACGGCGAGUGGACGGUCACGGGAACCAGACCAGAGUGCCAGCCAGAACCCUGCUGGCUGCCCGAGGUGACACACGGCAACUACACGGGCGCGCUAUUCCCCGGCGGCCACGUAGCGCACGGGCAGGAGGUGGACUACGCGUGCGAGGAAGGCUGGCUGGUGGGCAUUCCUCGCGUCACCUGUCACCUGGGUCACCUACGCCCCGUCCCCCCCACCUGUGUUACCCCCGCCGAGGCUACCCACCCCCAAGACACUCUUUUGACACCCCUCGUCCGCACGGCUUCCAUUAUGCUGACCUACGGCGCCGGGGACCUGAUCUCUGGAGGGGACAUCACCAGCAUUGACCUCGAGGCCGGCUCCCGCCCCGCCUGCUCUCCGCCGGCCAAGGUUCAGGGGACGCUUAUCUACAAGAACGGCCAGCCACUCCACCAGGCAGAGCAGAGGUUCCCCCACGGCACAGAGGUGACCUUCAACUGCAUCGCUAACACCAUGGGGGAGAAAACCACGUGGAGGAUACACUGUGAGGCUGGGUCGUGGAUCGGCCAGCGCGCGUCCUCCCCGUGCCCGGCCGUGGAGGAGGAGGAGGAGGAGGAGGAGGAGGAGGAGAAGGACGUGACGCGACUGGAGAAGAAACAGGAGGAGGAUGUGAACCUUGGGAACACGUCUUGUAUGUGGAGGAACAGCCAACCCAACCUGGUGACUUUCUUAGAGGACCGCCAGCUGAGGGAGGAGGCGCUGGAGUUGCCACCGGGGACUGAACUGGUUUCGCGGUGUUCGGAUAUCGGCAAGUUCGCCUUUUCCGGGUCGUCUCAUCGCCGCUGCGUCAAUGGCCAGUGGAGCGGCGCCAAGCCCACGUGCCUGGCCCUUAACCGGGAGUACGACUAUGCACUUGACAAGCCGCCGACCAUCCUCUUCCGCCACAAGAACGGACCCAUCGCGCAGACCAACGACGGCCGCCUGCUGGUCUACCCGGGCACCGAGCUAUACCUGGAGUGUCUGUGGAUGCGCCGCUACGGGACGCCGCGCUGGAACGUCACCCACACCCACCCUGUCGAGCAGGUCACAGACGCCCCGAGGGAGGACACCAAAGGGAAGGGCGGUGGCCUGCCCCUGUCGGAAGGCCAGCAGCUGCCGGGACCUGCCGCGGCGGGGGUCGGGAAAUACUGGACAGGCUGGACCACUGACGCAAUGAGGAACCCGCAGCUGGAGUUCCGUCUGGCGAUCUACACGGCCCACGAGGGUGACUCCGGGGCCUUCAGCUGCGUCACGCCCACCGGCCACACCCACACCGUCACCCUGGACAUCAGACGUGUGGAGUGCCCCCCCAUCAACUCUAGCGACGGGGACCUCCUGCGUCACAUCCCGCCCGGAGAGACAGCGCUGGGCACCCUCGUCACCUUCAUCUGCGAGCACGGGGCGAGGCUGGUGGGCGCCGCGCAGGCCACGUGUCUCCCCUCUGGCUUGUGGUCCGCCCCGCCGCCUCGAUGCGAAAAGGCGAGGUGCCCCUCCCCCGGCGUACCCGAGCAUGGCGUGGUGGGCAGCGCGGGGCCGUUCAGCGCCGGGGACGUGGUGGAGAUCAAGUGCAAGAGUCGCUACAUGAUCGCCGGCGAGCCUUUGUUGGUCUGCCAGGACGACGGGACCUGGUCGAGGCCCCUCCCCAAGUGCGCUGAGGUGUGCACGUACCCGGGCAUCAAUAUCUCCGGCACGAUGAGCUCCGUCAAGUUCUACUACGCCGUGCUGGACACCAUCACGUACGCGUGCAGCGACGGCUUCCUUCUGCACGGCGAGCACACCAUCACCUGUCAGGAGGGCGGCAGGUGGUCGGCGCCCGUGCCCACCUGCCUACCGACGCCCUGAAGACCAGUCAUCACUACCACCACCAUCUGUCUACCGCCUACCACGCCCUGAAGCCUGAAGCCUGCGCCCUCCGCCCCGCACGGCCGUACUGCGAAGCCUAGCCCUGUGCCCCCUCUGUCUAAGGCAUAAAGAGGAUCUAAUACUAUACCCAAUCUUGUAUCCGUGACUAUAAAAGAUGCAAUGCGACUCUCUUCUUGUCUCUUGGAAUUGAUGGAUACUACAGCAUUUAGUCGUGUGUCCUCAUGUCCCUCUGUGCUACUCGAACCCUUUGGUACAGGAAUCCUCAUGUUAUCCGUGACUCUAAUAAGGGAUGUGAUUACCUACCUUCUUGUCUCUUGGAAUUGAUACUUCUGCAACAUAUACUCGUGUUUCCUCAUGUCCUUCAACUCCGCUAUACGACUCCUCCACUCUUGCUAAAAAGGUGUUUGUCCAUUGCAAGUUCCAUCCCCUCUUGAAGUGAACUCUUGAAGUGGUCAAUAGCCUUCUGUUUCCAUAUCUCCCGGUUCUCUUUCUUUCUCUAGAUGUAUAUGUAUGUAGCUGUGGGUGUACAUACUUGCUCUAUCUUCAUCUCUCUGUAUAAAAAAGUGGAUGGGUAUACUGUCAUUAUAUUCGUGUGAGACAGAGAUGGUAUGUGUGUUUGUGUGUGUGUGUGUGUGUGUGUGUGUGUGUGUGUGUGUGAGUGUGUGUAUGGGACCUCACAGCCCAUAUCCCUGCCUCUCUAACGGUGACCUUCUCCCUUGAGGUCGUGUGUGUAUAUCUAUGUUUUCUCGCGGCGAAGAAGAGGUCACUGAAGCUGGUUAGAAGGAGGUUUCGGCGCCCCAGUUCUCGGUAUUAAGCUAUUCUCCCUCUGUAUCACUCCUCGGCCUGCUGGUGAACUCAUUCCUUGUAGUACAUCAAUGGACAAUAACUGUUUUACUCUUACUCUACCGUGGCACUGCAUCGAACUACCGGGUGAACGCUAUGGGGCACAUUAUCAAACCUGUCGGCGCCCAAGCUCAUAAGGCAUUCAUAGAGGUUGUGGGCAUAUCCAGUGGUAGUUGAAUGACCCUGGUAGUAGUCUGACCCUUCCUCUGUAUUGUGAACCCAAAGAAACACUCAUGAGAACCAGACUGAUCUCCUUUUCGGUUCACAAGCCCUACGAAAGUCUUGUCAAAUGUGUGCUUGAGCGAAGAUAUGUUUAAGAAUAUAGUCCCAGAGGUCGGUAUAGUCAGACGCCUUCGACACUCACAUCAACCAUUUCCAAAGGCCAAAAAGGAGAUCAGUCGGGUUGCAAUGGGCGGUACUUUAGGUUCACGGUACAGAAGAAGGGUCAGACUACCACCAGGGUCAGAAAACUACCCAUGGAAAGGCCUACCACAACCCCUACGAAAGCCUUGUCAAGUGUGUGUUCUUGAGCGACGAUAUGUUUAGUAAGCUGACGGGAUGAGUUCGCCAGCUGGUCGGCCGUUGUUGUGGAGGUGAUCAUUUAUAACUUCCACUCCCCCCCUCCCACCACGGAAAUAAGAGGAUAUGGAAGAGAAUUUGAAGGAGAGAGAGAAGAAGAAAGAGAAGUGCCGUAGGAGGAGAAGGAGGAGGACGAGAGAAACCCCCCUCGUCUAUGAAGGGUCUGUCUCUGUACACUGUGGCUUUUGUGGCUACCUCAGUGUUCAAUAAAGGUCUGUGAAUG